AUGAGCAUCAAGGAUUACCAGCGCGAGUUUAUCGAGUUUGCUAUCAAGAACGAGGUCUUGAAGUUUGGCGAGUUCACCCUCAAGUCCGGCCGUAUCUCCCCCUACUUCCUCAACGCCGGCCUCUUCAACACCGGUGCCUCGCUCUCCAAGAUCGGCAAGUUCUACGCCGCCGCCGUCAACGAUUCCGGUAUCGAGCACGAUAUCAUCUUUGGCCCUGCCUACAAGGGCGUCCCCCUCGCCUGCACGACCGUCAUUGCCUUGGCCGAGGCCCCCUACAACAAGGAUACCCCUUACUGCUUCAACCGCAAGGAGAAGAAGGACCACGGCGAGGGCGGUACCAUUGUCGGAUCACCUUUGAAGGGCAAGGUUCUGGUGAUUGACGAUGUCAUCACUGCCGGUACUGCCAUCCGGGAAUCGGUCCAGAUCAUCGAGGAUUGCAAGGCUCAGUUGGCCGGUGUUCUUGUUGCGGUUGAUCGUCAGGAGACGGGCAAGAACGGCGACAUUUCGGCUAUCCAGGAGGUCGAGAGGGAUUUCGGUAUCCCUGUCAAGGCCAUUGUCACGAUGUCGCAUAUCAUGGAGUACAUGGAGGAGCAGGGCACCUAUGGCGCAUACUUGGCCCAGAUGCGUACCUACCGCGAGAAGUACGGCGUCUAA